ACCAUCAACCAAGCCACUUUGCGAACAGGAGUUAAAUUAGACCUGUGGCAGACGGCAUCGCCCAAUGAAUCGGAGGUCUCAAUUUUCGAAUGGCGUGAGAAAUUAGGGUGUAGGGCGUAUGCAGAGAGUGAAGUGAUUUGACAGAGAGCGACCGAGGACCACAGAAUUUUCCAAUAAUAGCGCUUCCACACGCUCUCUCUCCAUCGUUCCCUCCCCUGAAUCUUUUCCGAGGUGGAGGAGCAUCAUCACCAAUACGACGUCGUUCUACCCUCACCUGUGUCUGAUGAUAGGAACGAAAACGUUAGUGUUUGGUCCAAUCAUCAGAGCACAUUCUUGAAAUGGCUCUUCUGGGAUCCACCGUCGCGAGGGAGGUUGGGUUGCGAUUGCUCCUUUGCCCACUUGGUUCUAACAAUAUUGUAAUUCGAACAGUAUGCUGUUCUGUGGGUAUUGUUUUGCCUGUGUACUCUACAUUCAAGGCUAUCGAGAGGAAAGAUCAAAAUGAGGAACAAAGGUGGCUUUUAUAUUGGGCAGCUUAUGGAUCUUUCAGCUUAGUGGAAGUGUUUGCUGACAAACUUAUAUCUUGGUCUCCACUGUACUAUCAUCUCAAGUUUGCAUUUCUUGUUUGGCUUCAAUUUCCAUCUUCUGGUGGUGCAAGGCAUUUAUACAUGUGCUACCUGCGUCCGUUCUUCUUGAGGCAUCAAGCCAGAAUUGAUCAAGUUGUGGGCUCUGCAUAUGGUGAAAUGAAUUCAGAACGGUCUAUUGGUUUCCUUGAUCUACAGGUGAAGCUCAUGAGUUCACACCAAGCAGAAAUCCAGGCUGCCAGGACUCUAUUCACAACCAUUAUGGCAUCAGCGAACCAAAUAUUAAGGGGUGAAGUUACCUCGGUUCAACCACAAUCGCAGAAUGUGGUUGAAGGGCAGAGAAGAAUAAUUUCAGAUUCUGGGUCAGACCUUGAUGAUUGACACUCCUUUCCUGUUAAUAUGCAUGCUUUGCAAGCCUUUCCUGCUCUCUGUUUGAUGAGUUGUGUAUAUUCCAUUUUUUUCCUUUUAUUUUUGUUGUGUUAUAACCAGGUAGUUAUUUGUUACAUAACUAACUAAAUCACUCUCUAGGAAGAGUGAAACAAGAAAGAGAAAAAUGUUGAAUCUCUUUAAUAGUUUGAAGCUUGUUUUAUGCAACAAAAGCCUUCCCCUCCCCAGCAAAAGGCGAAAGGCUCCAUUACCCAA